AUGGCCGACCAUAAUACCGGCAAAACCACGGUGGACGGCGGCUCCGGCUCCGGCUCCGGCGGGGAGGUCAGGUACCGGGGCGUCCGAAAGCGGCCGUGGGGGAAAUAUGCGGCGGAGAUUCGGGACAUGACUAAGCCGGCCGGGGCGAGGGUUUGGCUGGGAACAUACAACUCGGCCGAGGAGGCGGCCCGGGCUUACGACCGGGCCGCUUUCGCCACCCGGGGCCACCUCGCCAUCCUUAAUUUCCCCGAAGAGUAUAAUUUGCCCAGAAGCUCCUCCCACUUCUACUCUGCUUCUGCAACUUCUUCUUCUUCUUCAAGGGAAGUGAUUGAGUUUGAGUGCUUGGAUGAUAAGGUUCUGGAAGAUAUGCUCGACUACGAUCAAAAUCCGGGGAAGAAGAACAGAGGUUAAUUGACGAUGAUGUUUUCGAUGUGUACGAUGAUAAUACGCUAAUUAUGUCUGCUAAUAAUAAUGAAUGCCUGUGCUGGCAUUUCAGUGUUUGGGGAUGGAAUGUUAGUUGUGUUGGUUUGUUUUCACUCUUUUGUGAUGAAGAGUGUUUGGUCAAAUAAAAUAUGCAUGCAAUCUCUUCCUUAGCAUUGCAGACUAAAUAAACUUGCAUGGAUAUGAUGCAUGCAUGGAAUGGAAUAUAAUGGAAGCUUGGUUCU